AUGGAAAAUCAAAACAAACAAAAAACGAAAACCGCCGGCAACGGCAACGUAGAGGAGAGGAGGAACGAUGCGGGGACAGAGUCCGACGCCGCAUCGAGCAGCGAGGGAGGCUCAGAGAGCUCCCGACAAGUGGAGCCUGGGACCGCGGAGACCAGCAAGUUCUUCCGCAAGCGGUCCAGGCGGGAUGGCGACCAGGGGUCGGCAUCCGGUGAAGAGGAGGUUUCGGCCCGGAAAAUCCCCACCAACAGGCGGGGCGGGCUGAGAGGCAAGGGGAGGGAGCUCUCUGCCAAUCAGAGGGCCGAACGAGCGGCAAAGCUUGCCGAGGAGGGGCGCCACCCGGACGAUACGGCUCGGGAAUCAGGCGAAGAAACAGAUGCGACUGGCGGCUCCGAGGUAGAGCGUAAGGCCAGAUUCGUAAAGGAGGUGGAGGCCGCGAUCAAGGUCGUGGCCAACAAGCAAAAGUCCUCCUCGAAAUUCAAGGCCAUUCCCGCGGCCUCCGCCUCCAUCAUGGCGGCUGCGGAAGCCAACUUUGCUGGGGCCGGGCCUAAUGCGGACGAGGUGGCGAAGCUGCGGGCGGACGUGGCCCGCCUGACGUCCGCCAUGGAGACUCUCCAGAAGGAGAAUGAGAAGCUCCGCGCAGACCUGGCCAGUCCACAUGAGCCUGCCUCUCGCGCGGCGCCCCAGACGCAGCGCCCAAGCCAGCCCGUGCCGGUGGAGAACCAGGUUCUGAACCUGGUCCGAAAGGAGCUGGCUGCCUUCCAGCACCGGUUCUCCGUGCUGGAGGGCAUCGUCCUGCGUCCCCCCCUAGGGGCAAACAAGACGGCGGCGAGGCCGGCAACGGUUUCUUACGCGACGGCCACGGCUGCCGCAUCCAGGCCGGGGCCGUCCAGCCAGCCCUCGGGUGGGGCUGCAGUUGCCCCUCCCCCCCCUGAAAAGCCGGCUCCGGCAAAACCGAUACCGGCUGAACCGGCUCCGGCUAAGCCGGCGACGGGAAAGAGAGGCAAGGCGAAGGCGAAAAAGGGCAAGGCGGCAGCACAGCCAGCUGCCGCCGCCGCUACCGCCCCCCCCCCCCAGCUCCCUACACCUCCCGCGGCAGAAGCCGGUUGGCAGGUGGUCGGGGACAAACAGAAGGGGAAGAAGGCAGCCAAAAAGGCCAAAGAGCAGGAGCGGCAGCGCCAGUUCAGGGCGCGCAAGAUCGCGGCUAGGCUCCGCGCCCCGAAGGCUGCAGCUGUAGUGAUUACACUACAGCCGGACGCGGAAAAGAAGGGCGUUACCUACCGCGAUCUGCUCGCGAAGGCGAAAGAGGCGGUGGAUCUCGGGGAGCUCGGGAUCACUGGGGGCCUCCGGCUCAAAGUCACCCAGACGGGGGCCCGCAUGCUGGAGAUCCCCGGGGAAUCCAGUGGCGCGACUGCGGACGCUCUGGCUGCGAAGCUCAGAGCGUCCCUGAACGCGGACGAGGCCCGAGUGUCCAGGCCCGUCAGAUGCGCAGACCUGCGCAUCAUGGGUCUGGACGACUCGGUAUCGGAGGAGGAGCUGGUGGCCGCCGUUGCCAGGUCCGGGGGGUGCACUACUGACCAGGUCAGGUCAGGCGCCAUACGCCCGGACCAACAGGGUAUGCAUGCCGCCACGGUGUGCUGCCCUGUUACAGCGGCCAAAACCAUAGUGGAGGGCCGAAGGCUUCUGGUGGGCUGGGUCUCAGCGCAGGUUGAGCUGCUGGAGCCCAGACCUCUGAGGUGCUACCGCUAUCUCGUGGGGCAUCACGUAUCAGUGAAAUGCGCCUCGGAGGUUGACCGCAGUGGCCUCUGCUUCCGUUGCUGUCAGCCCGGACACAUAUCGGCGACCUGCUGCGCUACGCCACACUGUGAUGCAUGUGCGGCGACCGGCAAGCCAGCCGAUCACUGGGCCGGAAGCAGGGCCUGCGUGUCACCCGCCAAGGCCAAGGCCGCGGGUAGGGGAGGGCCCUCCUCCGCCGCCACCUCCUCUAUGGCCACCGCCGCAGCUGCAACUGCCGCCGCCGCCGCUGUCACUGUCGCCGCCGCCGCCGCCGCGACACCGACGCCUGCAGAGGGGCGCCCCGUGGAGGAAGCUGAAAUGGAAUGCCUAUAA